AUGCGCUUCACGCUCCUUGCACUCUUCGCAGCGGCACUCGCUGCUGCACCCGCGCUCGCCAUUGAGCAAGUCGAGGACUUUGAGGCGCCCGAUUUCAAGCCAGUGACCCAGCCUCCCUACACGGGCACAGUGUUUGAUCCAGCACAGACAAAUGCAGGUGGCACAACCAACUCAGCAGGAACCUUUGCCGUCUCCUCCUUGGCCAAAUCUUUUUCCUACUCCUUCGACAGCAACAUUCCCCAGACAUCUUCCUUUGCUCUGAGCAGCGUUCAGUUUGGCUCACCCCAGGCUCAAGUCACACCUGGCUUCUACACCGACCCUACAAACACUGCCGUCGGCUUCUUCACGCCUUCGAGCUCUGAAGGCAGACCUAGCAUUACUUCGAGCGUUUCUGUGCAGGCCGUGCCCACCGCACCUGCGGAUGGUGCAAUGAUCAAGGCACCCCAACAUUUGGGCACCGUGGCCAUUGCUGGAGCUGUUGCCGUCUUGGGUGCCGUGUUUGCCCUAUAAAUAGGUGCGAAGGGGUGCAAAAGUGAGUGGAAGAAGAAGGCGGCGGCGUCUACCUGGCAUUGGAACGGUGCGCGGAGCGGAGGGUGCAAUUCGUGGGCUGUCGACCCCAACUUGAGGAGUUUCGCCCUGGGCCGCUCUGGACACGCAUCGAUUUGCACCCUCACCGAGCUGACAUUGCACUAAACUCUUCUCGCCGUCAAUCUCGCCUCCCGCAUCAGAUCUCUUCUCUAUACCACGGCGUCGCGCUAA